AUGGCCCUCUGGGAGCCCCCUCCCCCGGCGGGGAGGUCGCCCCCGACUCCCGAGGCGAGGUCGCGCUGCGUGGAGGCGUCGUUGGAAGGGAUCGCUGGCGGGCGGUACUUCAUUCACGGCGUCUGUAAGGAAGGCGAUAACUGUCGCUACUCGCACGACCUCUCCGACAGCCCCUACGGGGUCCUGUGCAAGUACUUCCAGCGAGGGUACUGCAUUUACGGCGACCGCUGCAGGUAUGAACACAGCAAGCCCCUGAAGCAGGAAGAAGUGGCCUCGGUAGAUCGGGCUGCGAAGCCUUCUCUCCCCGGGCCUGCCGGCCUCCCACCGGGAGUUGGACCACUUGCCGAGAUGAGUGUCGGUGAAGUGGAGUCGAGAAGUCCAAGCUUUGCUGCUGUCGGGGCUGGUGCAGAGGACUGGGCGAAUGCCGUGGAGUUUGUCCCUGGACAGCCCUACUGUGGCCGGACUGCCCCGGCCUGCCCUGAAGCCUCCCCGCAGGGCUCAGUGACCACAGAGCAAUUGGAGAAAGAGCAGCCCGUGGACACCAAGAAGCAGCUGUGCCCCUACGCCGCGGUGGGCGAGUGCCGCUACGGGGAGAACUGUGUGUACCUCCACGGGGACUCAUGUGACCUGUGUGGGCUGCAGGUGCUGCACCCCAUGGACGCUGCCCAGCGCUCACAGCACGUCAGAUCGUGCAUCGAGGCCCAUGAGAAAGACAUGGAGCUUUCCUUUGCCGUCCAGCGCAGCAAGGACAUGGUGUGUGGUGUCUGCAUGGAGGUGGUCUACGAGAAGGCCAACCCCAGCGAGCACCGCUUUGGGAUCCUGUCCAACUGCAGCCACACCUACUGUCUCAAGUGCAUCCGCAAGUGGAGGAGCGCCAAGCAGUUUGAGAGCAAGAUCAUAAAGUCCUGCCCCGAGUGCCGCAUCACCUCUGACUUUGUCAUUCCCAGUGAGUACUGGGUGGAGGAGAAAGAAGAGAAGCAGAAACUCAUUCAGAAAUACAAGCAGGCGAUGAGCGACAAGGCGUGCAGGUAUUUUGAUGAAGGACGUGGGAGCUGCCCGUUUGGAGGCAACUGUUUUUACAAGCACGCCUACCCCGAUGGCCGUAGAGAGGAGCCUCAGAGACAGAAAGUGGGAGCCUCCAGCAGAUGCCGGGCCCAACGCAGGAGCCACUUCUGGGAGCUCAUUGAGGAGCGAGAGGGCACCGGCGACCCCUUUGACCACGACGAAGAGGAGGUGGUCACCUUUGAGCUGGGCGAGAUGUUGCUUAUGCUUUUGGCCGCAGGUGGGGACGACGACGACGAGCUCACGGACUCGGAAGACGAGUGGGACUUGUUUCACAACGAGCUGGAGGACUUUUAUGACUUGGACCUAUAGCGGCCCAGCUGGGCCGAGCCUCGGCCAGUAGCCCUCCCUCCGAGGGGCACGGCGGGCCCAAUGACCUUGGCAGGCCUGCCCACCCAGGUGCUCUUGUACCCCACCCCCUGCCCCAGCCCCCAGCCCCGCUCCCUACACCCCCAGCCCCCAGGAGUGUGUUGUUUUCUCUGUUGAAAAAAAAAGUUACAAAAAUAAAUCUCGAAGUUAGUCUUUUUGUAAUACGAGUUUACCUGUCAGACAGUUAGUGUAGGUUUGCCGCGUUCUUCUCAUCCCACCAGGCCCCCAGCCCUAGGAUUGUGCCCCACCCUGCUCCCAGGACCCCGGGGGAGCUUUGGCACUCGGCCACACCUCGGGGGCCUGGGACUGGGGCGUGGGAGUAGGCCACCAGCACUGGUGCUCUCCUUCCUGUAUGCAGACGCAGGCAGGCGGCAGUGUGCCUGGAGCCCCGUGUGCUCACGGUUGGGAGAUGACUGGGCACGUGGAGAACCCUCUCGGUGGAGAAGCCACCUGCAGAGCUGUGGCAUGUGUCAGCUGGUGUGGCCUGUAGUUGGAAAGGGCUGGGCCGUCCGUCCGUUGCUAGCGGUCCUUAGCACCGGCUCGCUCUGUCUAUACUCAUGGGGUGGGGUGCACCCCUGCGUGAGAAUGUCUACCCACCCUCUGGUUCAUGUUCCAGGGCUGCCUGGUCCCCUGGGCCAGGCUCUUCGUCUACACUGGGUUUUGCUGGUGGUCUGAGGACUGGCCUGCCCCUGCCCCUGAGCUGCAGACACUGGGCCUCACCCAGCACUGUGUCAAGGUUGGGGCAUCCCAGUGGUGAGGGUGCACUUGCUUCCCUCCCGAGUGGGACUUGGAGAUGCUCUGGCUGUCUACCUACUGCUCUGACCCCAAGGAUCCGCCACCUUCUUUCACGUUCAGAAAAACAAUUGUCACGGACGUGUCUGUAUUUUGCAGCUGCCCUUUUGUAAGAAGCACUUUUCCCAAAUAAAAGAAUUAAAAAAACCAA